AUGGAAUUUUACUGUGUCAAGAAGCAUUGAAUGCUGAGCGGGAGCUAUGUCAUCCAGAUACAGAUCUCUGCAGAUUUGAUGCUACAGAUGAAGAGUUGAGAUUGUGUCAGGCCUGUGGGUUUGAAUUUGACAUGUGUGAGUGGACGUCAGAAGCAUCUGCUGGCCAAAUUUCCUGGAUGCACACAAAAGCGAGAGAGAUCCCUGCAUUCGAAUCCACACCUCAGCAGGAUCAAGGAGGUGAUGAUGAAGGUUAUUAUGUAUGGGUAGGCGCUAAGCAUGCUUUCACUCUUAACCAUUUAGACAGCAGGGUUUACCUAAAUAGCUCUGUGUGUCAUUGCCUGGGCAAGAGCUGUCAUCUUUAAUUCUAUUAUGCAAUGGAAAGCAGUGUCCUGAGAGUAAGACUGUAUAAUAAUAAGGAAGAAGAAAUAUUUUGGACAUACAACAUAUCAACUCACAGCCAAUGGGUGAAAGCAGAUGUGUUAAUACCAGAAGAUCUGAAGACACUUAAGAUUAUUUUUGAAGGGACUCUUUAGAGCCAGAGAAGUUUUAUUGCCCUUGAUCACCUCUGGGUCUAUGCCUGUGGACAGACCCAAUCCAGAAAGCUUUGCUCUGCAGACGAAUUCCCUUGCACUAGUGGCCAGUGCAUCGCCAAAGAAUCUGUCUGUGACUCUCGGCAGGACUGCUCCGAUGAGAGUGAUGAAGACCCAGCAACUUGCUCAAAGUAUCUCGCCUGUGACUUUGAGUCGGGUUUCUGCGGUUGGGAGCCGUUUCUCACAGAAGAUUCACACUGGAAGCUGAUGAAACGAUUGAAUAAUGGAGAGCACCACUUUCCUGCAGCUGAUCACACAGCAAACAAAUCAUGGAUCGUUUAUUUAUUUGGAGGCACAGCGCUCCCCCGGGGUGGCCAAGCUUGGAAGUCCUGUUCUUACAAAAUUGCUCACUGCCUCUACCCCAUGUCAGGUGCAGUUUUGGUAUCAUUUGUCUCAACAUUCAAAUCUCUCAGUUUUUACAAGAACGUCUCUAGAUGGAAACUUGCAAAAGCAAGGCAAAAUAAUCAUAUUCUCCGAAUCUCAGUGGAGCCACGCAAAAAUUGAUCUCAUUGCAGAAGCGGGAGAAUCUACUCUACCUUUUCAGUUAAUUUUGGAAGCUACUGUUUUGUCAUCAAAUGCUACCGUUGCUCUAGAUGACAUCAGUGUGUCCCAGGAAUGUGAAAUUUCCUAUAAAUCACUACCAAGGACCAGUACACAAAGCAAGUGUAAGUUUUUCCUUGUCGUUGUUGCUGUUUUAAACAUUGAAUUAAGCUCUUCUCAGUAUCAAAAUAUAAAAUGUAUUAGAGUCACGAAUACCUAA